AUGGAAAUCAGGUGGAUAGUGGUUUUGUGGCUAGUCCAGGCAGUAGGUAAGAUUAGGUUUUUCUUUCAUUGGUUAAAAAAUGCGUAGAAUAUUAUAAAAAAUAAAUAAAAUUUUACUAAAAAAUUUUUAUUUUCGUAUACCAAUUGAUAAUUACGUAAAAGUUACAGUAUUAGAUUACUAAUACGUUGUCGUAAUCAUUAUCGGUUAAGAUUUACUUUAGCCAGUGCCGUUCCUCGAAAGACCAAACCCCUCGACCACAAUCGUCGUUCAAUCAAUGAAAAAUCAGCCGAGAAAUCAGAAGAUGGUCCAACACCUCCUCCGCUGCCAUUACCAACAACAGAAGCCUCUUUAGCUGACACGUUAUCUCCUCCUUUGUUGUCGUCAAUCCAAUUUGAAGGAGAAGCGUUGAGCCAAGUCUUCAGUGCCAUCAAGGCCUUCAAAGAAGAAGAUAACCACGAGAAAGAAGGGGCUAUGCCUCCAUCGAUCAGCCCUCAUGAUAUGCUCAGCAAGUUUUUCGUCGCGGAACAAAAAGAAGCGGCCGAAAAGUUACUCAACAGUGUUACAACAACUGUAGCACCAAUUCCUACGGAGGCUACCGAAUUAGAGCCUGUAGAAGUUGGAGUCUUUCAAGAAGUUAAGGAAGUAGAUGAAGACACAGAAACGCAAAAGACUGUUGGAAAAGAAAACGAAGAAGUCGUAAAGGCUACAACCGGUAAGAAUUCGAUAAAUUGAAACCAAAAUUAAUCAAAUUUCAGAACGAUUCUCAGAACCAAUCGUGUCGCCACGUAACAGAACCCAGAAUCGCAACAAAUCCCGUCGCAACCAAAACAGAAGAACCAGAAGACCCAAAGGCUCCAGACGUCGUUCUACCACGACUACACCAUCACCACAGCUCCAGCAAGAAAUUGAUGAUGUUGAAGUAGUCCACAAGGUACACAAGAUCAACUCGAAAGCCCAAGUACCAACUCAAGAAGAAGUGAUUCGCUUUUUUGGGCGACAAAGAAAGUCGAGAAAAGAGUUGAACCGAAAUUUCAGAGAAGAUUCGACACCCAUACUUCAGUCAAUGGACAGAAACUUUGAGGAAAUUCAAACCGGAGACUUCGAGAGCUACCUGGAGUUCUUCACCGUGACCUAUAGCGACAUCAAGGUCAUGUACUACGCCAUCAGUAAGUUCUCAAACAAAAAAUUAAUAGUUUUCCUAUACAAAGAGUAAAAUGAUAACGACAAAAUCACUUAUGAUAAUGUUAUAUAAAUAAUGCUAAUCAACCUAUUACAGCUUCAUUUGGACAAAACCUGACCAACGGUCCUCAUAUCGCCUAUAUCAUCGACGACGAUAACGCCAACUUCUGGUUGAAGAACACUUGGUACCUCUCGGACCGCGAAACAGAAAAGGCCAGAUUGUUCCAAUGUACUGAACGUUUCCUAUAUUACUUCGAAGAGUAGGUCGUUUACCAAUCUGUCUUACUUUUCCUCUAGCAAUUUUUUUUGUUUUUCCUUAAAUUUACAAUGUUGAUCUUCAAAAUACCGUAUGUAACAUGAAAAACCAAAAAGCGACACUAUAAAAAACCCUACUUGAUCAUAAUAACCAUUUUAACUGUGCCAUUACCUAAAAUAUUUACAGAAACGGAAUGGUAAGACUUCAAACACCAGCAGGGUUCGAAUGUGCUCACUCAUACCUUUAUGGUAACAUCAUGUUUAUGAACAAAACGCAUUUCAUUCAGUUGGGAAUGAGCGAUGGAUACAUUGGAAAAGGGCUCAGAAACAAUGCGUAAGAUUAAAAUAAGGCUGCUCAAUCACAAUGUCCUUAUGACAAGGAAAACUCAAAAUUUUAGAUGGAUCAGCCGAUCGUAUUUACAAAAAAAGUUUUAGAAAUUACUUACGUAUUUAUGAUGUUGUACGACAUGUUUUUGAUCCCAAAAAAACUUCUGAAGGCAGUUUUUUCAAGUUCCGAAGAAAAUAUUUUUCAAAAACAAAUUUGCCGCUUUUUUUCGUCGACGAAGUGUCAAAAUUACAUUUAAAAAUCUUAUCUCUGACGACACUUCGUCUUGUUUUUACAAAAAUUGGAAAUCUUUCAACAAAAUUUUGUUUACAAUCAACUAUACACAUAGAUCUUGACGUUUUUGUUACAGAAUUCGUGAAAAGUCAAAGCUUCGUGAUGAUCUUCAGCUGACUGUUGAUUUGUGUUUCAAACAGGUAACUCAUUUAGCACGUCAAUCAGUUUGAAAGCAGAAAGUUCUGUUAAAAUUUAAUGUUGAUUUAAAGUUUGAAAAUAAAGUCAGCUAUCUACAAUAAAAAACCUAACUUUUAGGAUCGAUUUUGUGCUCAAGCGAAUCCGACAAACUUGGUAACGAUCUCAGAUGAGCCUUUCGGAUACUUUUCUUCUAAUUUAGAGCUUCACAUGAGACGUUCACGGUAUGUUCAAGGUUAUUAUUGUAGAUGAUAAAAGUUUUGUUAUUUAUCUAUUUAUGUUUAGAUGAUCUACAAUAGUCUUCAUAACGUAAUUGUUAUUUUAGAAAUCCUAUGGGUCAGAUUGACAUCAAGUUCUACGUACAAGUUCACGGAAAUUCAAAAGUGCAAGAUCAGUAAGUAAAAAAUGUUUUAUAGGUAUUUGAAAGGUUAAUUUAAUUUUAUUUACGUUAAUUAUGGCGUUAGCAACUAAAGUAUUAACAAAACUUUCUUUUGUUUUAAUGACAAUCAUCUUUUUAAUUUCAGUAGAGCUUUCUUCUUCCCCUCAGAUCUUAAAACAUUUGGCGGGGAACUGGACAAACAUUUUGAGAGAGUCGCAGUAGUACCACUGAUUAAAGAGACCGACCAGUUCUUUGCCAAGUAUGACGUCAACUUCAUGACAGAUGCUGAAAUCGCGAUGGAAUCAGAAAGAAGAGCACUAUAG